UGAUGUUGGCGACGGAGAGCGAGGAUGGCGGGGAAGCAGAGGCCUUGCCGGAGCGUCGGGGACACCACGGGGACGCGGCGACAGCGAUGGAAGGCGACAUCCAGGGCAGCGGUGACGAGUGGUGACGGUCCGGAGCGGCGGGGACACGUCCAGGACUCUCACAGCUGAAGUUUUCCUAUGAAGUACAAUGGUCCUUAUCACCAAUGACCGACCAAGGAUGGACGAUGCCAGAAACCACAUGUCUGGGAGGAUAUUAGACCUCACCCUGGAGAUAAUCUACUGGAUAACUGGAGAGGAUUACACAAUAGUGAAGAAGUCGUCUGGUGAGUGUGUGACCCCCCGUGUGUCAGGAGGGCGGGGCAGGAGCCAGAGCCCCGCCUCCGAGGAGCCUCCACCUCAUUCACUGAUACAUGAGCAGAAGAUCCUAGAACUUACCUCCAGGAUCACUGAGCUGCUGACUGGAGAGGUUCCUAUAAGGUGUCAGGAUGUCGCUGUCUAUUUCUCCAUGGAGGAGUGGGAGUAUUUAGAAGGACACAAGGAUCUGUACGCAGACAUAGUCAUGAUGGAGGAUCAGCAGCCCCUCACAUCACCACUGGAUGGAUCCAGUCAGAGAAAUCCCCCAGAGAGAUGUCCCCGUCCUCUAUAUUCCCAGGAUUGUAAAGAGGAAGAGCAGAAUGUCCCUGUGGAUCAUCAGUUCUGUAUUGUCGGAUCCCUACAGGAAACUGAUGAAGGAACGAUAAGUGAACUUGAAUCAUUGUCAACAAAUGGUGAAAACUGCAUCACAGGUUCCCAUGAACAUCCCCAUUUAUCGCCUUAUUAUGCAGUAGAACAUGACUAUGCCACACAGUCUAGUUCCACCACUCCUUAUGUACCCAUAGUCCUUCACAGCAGCGAUCUAUUCACCGAUACCACUGAUCACCAGAAUCCUUCCUCCAAUCAAUCACUAAAUGGCGAACACGGAACGGAAUGUACCCCUCCGUUGCAUGAUUUUAGUCUUUACUAUCAUGAAAGACCGUUUUUACUUUCAGAAUGUGGAGACCCUUUCACCACGGAAUCUACUCUUGCUCAACAUCAGGAAACUCCCACUGAAGUUAAGCCAUUUUCCUGUCCUGAAUGUGGGAAAUGUUUUCGCCUGAAAGGAAACCUUGUUACGCAUCACAGAACCCACACUGGGGAGAAACCAUUUAGUUGCCCUGAAUGUGGGAAAUCAUUCAGCAAGAAAAUAAACCUGACGGUGCAUCUAAGAAGUCACACGGGAGAGAAGCCGUUUUCGUGUUCGGAAUGUGGGAAAUGUUUCGGCAAGAAAACUAUUCUUAGGGAUCAUCUAAGAAGUCACACGGGGGAGAAGCCGUUUUCGUGUUCCGAGUGUGGGAAAUGUUUUAGCCAGAGAUCGAUUCUGGUUCAUCAUUUGCGAACUCACACGGGAGAGAAACGAUUUUCGUGUUCACAUUGUGGGAAAAACUUCGUUUCUAAAACGGGUUUGUUUCUUCAUCAGAGAACUCACACGGAGGAGAAGCCAUUUUCAUGUCUAAAAUGUGGGAAAUGUUUUAGUCGGAAAUUUUAUCUUCAGGAACAUCUCAGAACUCACACAGGUGAGAAGGCAUUUCCAUGUUCAGUGUGUGGGAAAUGCUUUAGUACCAAAUCGUGUCUUCUUACUCAUCAGAAAACCCACUCAGGGGAGAAGCCAUUCAUAUGUCCUGAAUGUGGGAAAUGUUUUAACCGUAAAUCAGUUCUUAUACAACACGUAAAAAGUCACACGGAGGAGAAGCCGUAUUCGUGUUCGGAAUGUGGCAAAACUUUUAGGAAGAAAUCAAGCCUCCUUUAUCAUACAACAAUUGGCACAGGAGAGGAGCAGUUUCCAUGUUCACAAUGUGGGAAAUUUUUCAGGAAGAAAUCAUGUCUUUCUGAACAUCGGAGAACUCAUGCAGAAGUGAUGCCCUUUACGUGUCCAGAAUGCGGGAAAUGUUUUGGCAAGAAAUCGAGUCUUGUGGAGCAUUUAAGGGGUCACACAGGGGAAAGGCCAUAUUCGUGUUCAGAAUGUGAUAAAUGUUACAGAACAAGCGCGGGUUUACUAAAACAUCAGAAAACGCACUCUACUACAAAUCCAUUUUAAUGGUUACCUCAUAGUAAAAUAUGGCAGGUGUGGAUCCGCCCACUAAGGAGGACUGAGAGGACCUGUGUCCUAAUAGGUUAUAGACAGCACUCAGGACCGACGCACAACUAUGGCCGAGCUCUGACCAAGUGGGUACUGCCUCUGUGCCCAUGUGAUUUAGGACCAUGCCUGCAGUACCGUUCCAGCCAUGGAGAUAAGUGAUAUAUUAUUUAAAGGGGUAUUCCGACCUCCUAUUUUUGACGUGAUUCUGCCCCAAAUUAAAAAAGAAAACACCAAUUUGCUUCCUAUCUUGAUUGUUGUCUGCUUGCUGCCUAGGGAUACGUCCAUUGUUGUUUACUUGCUGCGAUGACAGCGCUUGCACAGAGCCCUGUCUUCUGUUCCUGGCCAUCUCCCUUUUCUCCAUAGACAUCAAUUGGAGCGAUGAGGCGCGCUCAGU